UCACACUGUGUAUGUGGGAAUUGCUAUGACUAUCUAUUUUAUUUAAAAAUAUUUUUUAUAUUACCUUGUGUCACGUAUACCUUGAUUCAUUGAGAAACAUUUUUCGGGUCCAUUCAAAAACAUAUUUCAUCAUUAAACAGGAACAAAUUGCAUAUAGUUAUGAGAAACUUAAAAAAAUAAAAGGGUUUUGAAAUAAAAUAAAUGAAAUUAAUUCAUUAUAAUUUUUUUGUACGCUGGUUGGGCAGAGAUAGUUCCAAUUAUAAUAAGAUUAAGAAUCCAUUGACAGCGGGUAAUUCAAAAUGCGGGGAGAUAAUAUAAAAUUCGACCAAAUUGUGUAUAAAUGCUAACAUUACCUGUAGGGAUUUGAUCAUACUAAAAUGGUUCUCAAAGUUGGCAUUAACGGCUUUGGACGUAUAGGCAGGGUGAUUUUUAGGACUUGCUUAGAAAACACUGAUUUGGAGGUAAAGGCUAUUAAUGACCCGGCGGUAGACAUUGAAUAUAUUAGUUACCUUAUAAAGUUCGACUCGACCCACGGCAAAUUAAAAUGGGAUGUUACAUUCAAAGACAACGAGAUAACAAUUAAUGGAAAUAAUAUAAAAGUUUUUCGCGAGAAAAACCCGUCGAAUAUACCGUGGCAGUCAGCAUCUAUACAAUACGUUGUCGAAGCGUCCGGAAUUUUCACUAACUACGAUAAGGCGUCGGGCCAUUUAUCGAGUAAAUGUGUCAAACGAGUAUUGGUAACCGCUCCCAGCAUCGACGUUCCAAUGUUGAUAAUAGGCGUUAAUGAAGACAGGAUAAAUAAAGAUCAGAAAGUAAUAUCUUGCGCGUCGAGCACUCUGUACUGUUUGGCUCCAAUAAUUAAGGUUUUGGAAGACAACUACACAGUUGAAGAGGGUUUCAUAACGAGCAUCCACGCUAUGACGCCAUCUUUGAAACCGUUGGAUGGAUUGUGUUUAAAGGGAAAGCACUGGAGGGACCAUAGGAGCAUCCAUCAGAACAUAAUACCGGCUGCGACGGGCGCUUGCAAGGCCCUCGGUAAGAUCAUACCAGGAGUUAAAGAUAAACUCACGGGCUUAGCGUUCAGGGUACCCGUUGUUAACGUCUCCGUACUCGACAUAACCAUACGAUUAAACAAAAGCACAUCAAUCGGACACAUUGUUAAAAUUAUUGAAGACCAGAUCAGAUCUCCAUUGAAGAAUAUAAUCAAAGCUAGUAGUGAUGAGGCAGUGUCCUCAGAUUUUCUUGGCGAAGAGAAAUCUUGCAUCCUUGAUGUAAACUCCUGUCUCCAAUUGACACCAAAUUUCUUUAAAUUGAUUUGUUGGUACGAAAACGAAUAUUCCUAUGCAUGCAGAGUAGUAGAUUCAAUAAAAUUUUUGGAAAAAAAUUGCCAAUUGGAACUGGUACCGAAGAAUAUUUUCAGGAGGCUUUCAGUGACACCCAGAAUAUCGAAAGAAAGGCCGAUACCGUUUUACAAUAGAGAUUUAUUUUGUAAUACUUUAAUACAAAACAGAUCCAAGUUCUACAUGGAACAUGGCUUCAAUGAAAGACCACCAACCCCAAUGGGUUCCAGGCGACAUGUAGAUAUACACAAUUCAGGCUCCAUACAAUCUAUCUACGAACAGAAGCACAAUUACUCUGCACAAAAUAGAACAUCGCUAUUUCAAAGCUGCGCACCAUUCGAAACGCCAGACAAAGAACGUAAAAAUUAUCAAAAAACUCAAGAACGAUUGGAGGAAGUGAAAAAGGAGUUCUCGAAAAUGGUAGAUAUGACAGAGAAACUUUUGAAAAAAUCGAAGGAGAGUAAUUCACAUCUUGAAUAUAGUACACCGAAAGAACAAUACAAAGAAGAGAAAGAUAUUAAAAACGAUUUAUUACGUGAAAGAGUAACGCCUUCUGGCAUUAAAGAUAUGGUGAUUGAUAAUAAAGAUGAAAAUCUCAAAGAUCAAGAUGAUGCCCAAGUGCAGGGGACCAAAGACGAUGAAUUUAACGACUGUUCGAGAUUAAGCGACCUGGGAACGUCAAUCGAUGAAAAUGACAGUUCAAAUGACAUUAGAUCUGUCAAAAAUUUGAAUAUUUUAUCAGUUAAUGUAGAGUACAUUGCAAAGCCGAAUACAAAGAACGAAAGAAAUGAUGAUACAAUAAACGAUACAUUUAAUUAUGACAAAAAUUAUCAUCGUGGCACACAGAAUAAAACCAACUUGAAUGAAAGUUGUACUAAAGAGCACAGCGUGAAUUUGGCCACCAGCGUCAAAAACAAAACCGAAUUGGAAAUCAGUGAAUCGUGCUCAACCUCAGCGGAAAAACAACAGAAUAAAAUCAAAAACGCCAUCCCCAAUAAAACUAACGCCAUUGAAAUUAAAAAGAAGAUUAUAGGAGAAAUUAUAAAAAAGAUGUCAAAAGAUACUGCAGAAGAAACUAAAGACGUCAGUCUCAUUUAUAAAAAAUCAUCGAUAACAAAUGCCGUGGGUAAUAAAUUGAACGAUAUUUACGAUAAAUUGGACAGCACUAGUGCAACGGACUCUGAGAAUUCCUUCCAAAUACAUGAAAGAAAGUCACAAAUCAUCGAACUAACAGACCUCACUAACUCCAUCGAAGAUCUCGCCCGCUUGGACAAAAUAUGUAGAAUUAUAGAAAUAUCCGACGAGUUAUCAGACAAAUUGUUAUCGGCGUUGGAUAAAAAAGAACCGAAUUAUAAGAGGAAGAAAUGGUCCCUCAAGGACUUGUGUGAAACCAUAAAGUUGGAUGAAUUUUGUAAUAAAGUGUUCGGUCCCCAGACAGGCAAGUAAAUUAUAAAUGAAUAAACACUGGUAUAAAAUAAUAUUUUAUUUUAAGGCACUAUAAUAAUACAACAUCCAUUUAAAGCUUUAAUAAGAAUACAAAAUAGCCGUGUAAAAAAAUAAAAAUGCAGGUACAUUACGUCAUGGGAUGAAAAACACUUAAGUACUAGUUAAAGCUUAAUUUUUUUAAACGAUUACCCGUAGCUAUGCGAUAUGUCGGUUUUUAAUAGUUUUAAAUUAAGUUUUAUGACGAAACUAGUAUUAUUCGGAUUUACUACGCGGA